AUGGCUGCAUAUCACAUUUCAAAUCUUUGGGAAGAGCUGAAGUGCCCCAUCUGCCUAGAUUUCUUAACAUGUGCCACAUCUAUAGAAUGUGGUCACAAUUUCUGUGCAAGAUGUAUCCAUGAAUUAAUUCUAAAGACUUCAAAGCCGAGAUUUCGAUGUCCUAAGUGCAACACAAAAUGUAAGAAGACUCUCCGGCCUAGUCGACAACUGGAGACAGUGGCACAAUCCUUCAGACUGCUCACCACUCACAUGAUGAGGAGCUGGAAGCUGAGAGAUGUCAUCAAGAGACAAUUCCUUGGGGCCAAACAGACCUUGCCUAGUCACUCCUCCACUCGACAGCCCAUCAAAUACUUAGAUGUAGCUCUGCUGGAAGGGAUCUCAGAGACCAUCUACACCUCUGGAUUUAUCCUCUUGGGACUGUCCUCAAACCCUCAGUUACAGAAGCCACUCUUCAUCAUAUUCCUCAGCAUGUACCUAGUUACCCUCCUUGGAAAUUUGCUUAUCAUUCUAGCCAUCCGCUCAGACUCAAGGCUUCAUACCCCAAUGUAUUUCUUCCUAAGCAUCUUGUCUUUCACUGAUAUCUGCUUCACCACUGACUUUCUUCCCAAGAUGCUGGUGAAUUUCCUGUCAGAGACAAAGGCCAUCUCCUACAUAGGCUGUCUAGUGCAGAUGUACUUCUUCAUGGCCUUUGGAAACACAGAUAGUUAUCUUCUAGCGUCCAUGGCUAUUGACCGCUUGGUAGCCAUCUGUAAUCCCUUACACUAUGCCAUGCUCAUGAGUCACAGGCGUUGUGUCAUUUUGGCAGUGGCUUCCUGUGUGAUCUCACAUCUCCACGCUCUCCUACGUGUGCUUCUCAUGUCCCGUCUGUCUUUCUGCGCCUCCCACGUCAUCAAACACUUCUUCUGUGACACCCAGCCAGUGCUGAAGCUUUCUUGUUCUGACACCUCUUCUAGUCAGGUUGUGGUCAUGACAGAGACAUUGGCUGUUAUUGUGACCCCCUUCUUAUGCAUAAUCUUCUCCUAUCUUCGGAUCAUUGUUGCCAUCCUCAAAGUCCCCUCGGCAUCAGGAAAAUGGAAGACUUUCUCCACUUGUGGCUCCCACCUCACCAUUGUGGUACUCUUUUAUGGAAGUGCUAUCUAUGUCUAUUUCCGGCCCCUGUCCAGCUACUCUGUGGUCAAAGAUCGAGUGGCCACAGUCAUGUACACAGUGGUCACCCCUAUGUUGAAUCCCUUUAUCUAUAGCCUUAGGAACAAAGACAUGAAACAGGGCCUGGGAAAGUUGAGGGAUAGAAUCAAGUUUUAG